ACCGCGAUAGAGCGUAACUAAAUUAAAAAAGUAAAAAUGUUCAUGAUAAGUGUAACUGUGCAAUAAAGUCUAAUUAUUUACUCAUAGUUUAUUUUUACAAAUUAUCAAAACAAACUAUACCAACAUGCAAUCAUUAAAGGCCGAUGAGCUACCGGAGAAUCCCCGGGAGCACAUUAAUCCAAUUUCGGAGCUUCUGUUCUGCUUUAUAUUUCCCCUAUUGGUGAAGGGCCGAAAAAAAACUCUAGAUCAACCAGAUCUCUAUCGGCCAUUAAAAGAGCAUAAAUCAGAUACACUUGGUGAUCGAUUGUGCGCAGCAUGGGAUGAAGAAGUAACUCGCAGAUCAAGCCAAAAGAAACCUCCUCGUCUGGGACGCGUUGUGCUGAGAGUUUUUGGAUUUAAUCUAUUUGUUACUGGAGUGUUAUUGGGAUCCAAAGAGCUUUUAACGAGGGUUACUCAACCCAUUUGUCUCUUUGGUAUUAUGGCCUACUUUGCGGGAACAGAUACUGAUCCAAUCAAGGCGUACAUGUAUGCGGGGGGACUCAUGACUACUUCCGUGAUCACAGUUAUUUGGGGACAUCCCUGUAUGCUAGGAAUUCAGCACUUGGCCAUGAAAAUGCGGGUUGCCCUUUGCAGUAUGAUCUAUCGAAAAGCAUUACGAUUAAGUCUUACUGCUCUGUCUGAUACAUCGAUUGGCCAGGUGGUGAAUCUGAUGUCCAAUGAUGUGGGACGUUUUGAUUCAGUUCUUGACAAUAUACAUUAUUUAUGGCUUGGCCCACUUGAGCUGGUCGUAAUAACCUACAUCAUGUACGAAACGAUUGGGGUAUCCUGCCUCUUUGGCAUCCUUCUAAUGCUGAUUUUCACGCCUCUCCAAGCUGGCCUGGCCAAGAAAACAUUGGCACUGCGGCUGCUCACGGCAAUUCGCACAGAUGAACGCGUCCGGGUGAUGAAUGAGAUCAUAUCGGGCAUCCAGGUAAUUAAAAUGUACGCCUGGGAGAAACCUUUUGCCAAACUUGUCGAAAAUGUGCGAUGCAAGGAGAUGAAAUACAUCAGGAAAGUCAACAAUAUUCGUGGAAUGCUAAUAGCCUUUGGAUUGUGCUUAUCUCGCACCUUCACCUUUGCCAGUUUAGUCGGAUAUGUCCUUCUCGGGCACAUACUGACCGCCGGGGAGGCAUUUCUAAUCACUGCCUACUUUAGUCUGCUACAGCGAACGGUCACCAGUUUCUUUCCAUUAAGUAUUUCUCAACUUUCCGAGCUUUUUGUGUCCAUCAAGCGUCUGGAAACCUUUUUGCUUCGAGAGGAGAAUCAGAUCUGCGAUACCGCUAAAGUACUGGCAAAACUCGAAUGUAAUGAGGAGACUCUCGUUGAAUUCAGCCAGUUCCAUGCAAAGUGGGGCACCGAGAACACAGGGUACACCCUAGAUAAUAUUAAUCUACAGCUAGAUCGAGGACAUCUCAUUGCUGUCGUUGGUCCCGUGGGUGCUGGCAAAUCCAGUCUGAUCCAAUCCAUUCUCGGUGAGCUGCCCGCAGACAGAGGUAGCCUAAAGGUCAAUGGCAGGUUUUCCUAUGCUGCUCAAGAGCCUUGGCUCUUUACUGGAACCGUCAGGGAGAACAUUCUCUUUAGAUUGACUCUGGACAAACAUCGCUAUCGCACCGUAGUCAAGAAGUGUGCGCUGGAACGUGACUUUGAGCUACUCCCUCAUGGUGAUAAGACGAUCGUUGGUGAAAGGGGAGCUUCACUCUCUGGAGGACAGAAAGCGCGCAUUAGCUUGGCGAGAGCUGUAUACCGACGGGCGGAUAUUUACCUGCUUGACGAUCCACUCAGUGCUGUGGACACGCACGUUGGUCGACACUUGUUCGACCAAUGCAUGAAAGGAUAUCUUAGAAGCGAGCUCGUCAUACUGGUAACACAUCAGCUGCAGUUUCUGGAACAAGCCGAUCUCAUUGUCAUAAUGGACAAGGGAAAAAUCAGUGCCAUGGGAACCUAUUCGACGAUGAAAAGCAGUGGCUUGGACUUUGCUCAGCUUUUGUCUGAUCCUAAAAUUAGGGAACACACGAUGGCUGACAAUGAGAGUGAUGCUGGUGACGCCUUAAAUCAUCAUAAUACAGUCCUACAAAGAAUACGCGCUGGGAAAACCAGUCGACAGUCUUCUCGAACCGAUAGUAUCAGUUCCUUGAGCUCCAAAGCCGAAUCCAUCGAACAGGAUACUGCAAUAAGUUCCCAGGAAUCACGAGUCAAGGGGAAGAUUGGAUUAAAUCUUUAUGCUGAGUACUUAACCGCAGGCAGCAGUUGGUUCUCAAUAUGUGUACUAGUGUUCUUCUAUUUAAGCACACAGAUCGUGAGUUCCACAGCCGAUAUUUUUCUAUCCUAUUGGGUUGACAAGAGCAAAAACUUAGCAACAAAAAACUCCGAUCCAGUUGAUAUUUACUACUUCACAGCCCUUAACUUGGCCGUGAUCGUGUUCACCUUGGUUCGCACUGUGCUCUUCUAUAAGCUGACCAUGCGCAGUUCUAUAAAACUUCACAAUGCCAUGUUCCGUGGCAUCACAAGAGCGGCAAUGUACUUCUUUAACACAAAUCCCUCGGGUCGGAUAUUGAAUCGAUUCUCAAAGGACUUGGGACAAAUAGAUGAACUCCUCCCAACCGUCAUGUUGGAUGUGGUUCAGAUUUUCCUCACCUUGACGGGCAUCAUUGUUGUUCUCUGUAUAACCAAUCCUUACUAUCUACUCUUAACUCUUGGUCUGGGCGUCAUCUUUUAUUAUUUUAGAGAAUUCUAUUUGAAGACCUCGAGAGAUGUGAAACGGCUGGAGGCAGUGGCAAGAUCCCCCAUCUACUCUCACCUGAGCGCUUCUCUAAAUGGUCUUCCAACAAUUCGAGCAUUGGGAGCACAGAAAACAUUAAUUGCCGAGUUCGAUAAUCUACAGGAUCUGCACAGUUCAGGCUACUACAUCUUCCUGUCUACUAAUCGUGGCUUCGGCUACUAUCUAGAUCUCUUUUGCUCGCUAUACAUAGUAAUAAUUAUACUGAACUAUUUUGUCAAUCCACCGGAAAACUCUGGUGAGGUGGGAUUAGCCAUUACCCAGGCCAUGGGCAUGACGGGCAUGGUACAGUGGGGUAUGCGUCAAUCAGCGGAACUCGAGAACACCAUGACGGCUGUUGAACGUGUCGUCGAGUACGAUGAGAUUGAACCUGAGGGCGAAUACGAGUCCUCGCCGGACAAGAAGCCACCUGUCACAUGGCCAGAAGAAGGAAAAAUUGUGGCGGACGAUCUCAGUUUACGAUACUUCCCCGAUCCACAGUCGAAGUAUGUGCUCAAGUCCCUCAACUUCGAGAUUAAGCCCAUGGAAAAGGUCGGAAUCGUGGGUCGCACAGGUGCCGGCAAAUCCUCGCUCAUUAAUGCACUCUUCCGUUUGUCCUACAACGAUGGCUCGAUCGUCAUUGACAGUCGCGAUACCAAUGAACUGGGACUACACGACCUGCGCAGCAAGAUCUCCAUAAUACCUCAGGAACCGGUGCUCUUCUCAGGGAGCAUGCGCUACAAUCUCGAUCCCUUCGAAGAGUACAGUGAUGCGAAGGUGUGGGAUGCUCUGGAGGAAGUCAAGUUGAAGCCCGUCAUCAGUGAGCUUCCGAGUGGACUACAAAGCAUUAUCUCCGAGGGCGGUACCAACUUCAGUGUGGGUCAGAGACAGCUGGUGUGUCUAGCACGGGCUAUUCUUCGCGAGAACCGCAUUCUGGUAAUGGACGAGGCCACAGCCAAUGUGGAUCCACAGACAGAUGCCCUUAUACAGACGACGAUUAGGAAUAAAUUCAGGGAAUGCACAGUUCUAACAAUCGCCCAUCGUUUAAACACUAUUAUGGAUUCGGACAAAGUGUUAGUCAUGGAUGCUGGCCAGCUGGUAGAGUUUGGUUCUCCCUAUGAGCUGUUGACCGAGUGUGAGACAAAAAUCUUCCACAGCAUGGUCAUGGAAACGGGUAAAAGCAGCUUUGAUAGUCUACUUAAAAUAGCGGAGAAGGUUCAUUUGGACUUAAAGAAACUUAACACUGCCUAAGUUACUGGAAUAUGGAUACAUUCUAAUUGAUUAACUUUAAGCAAAAUUCGUACUUAAUAUUUGACAGCUUUUAUUACUUUAAAUACUCUUUUUAUUAAAUAUUAAAUUGCAAUGUUAUUAUUUAACUAAUUUUAAACAAAUUCUUAAGCUAACCUCUCGGAAACAAGCUUUUGAUUCAUUGAUUAUUGUCCAUUAUUUCUAUUCUUGUUCAAGUGACAAAAAUUGUAUAUUUUGUACGUUAAAUAAAUUUAAAUAAGAGUUUAAUCCUUUUAUGCUAUCCAAGUACACAAAUUCUGACUUUAUCAAACGUGUCAGCUGAUAAUAAAGAUAAGAACAUUA